GGCCGAUUGACUCUUAUCAGUGUUUCGUUGAGCCAACCGUUCAUAUGACCAUCGUCCUUUGACCAGUGAGGAUCAUAUUUAGCAUCAUUGCACCAUGGCAGCCAGCGCUAGCGAUUCCUAUCUCCUGUUCUGCGUUCUCCUGAUUCCGCUUACCUCCGGUGUCCAUGUGUACGAUUGCGAACCGGGCACGGAACCAACCCUAUGCAUCGUCCACAACCUAGCAUACACUCCAGGACAGGAUCCGUUGCCGCAACUGAAUCGAUCGGACACUGUGAAUCGUAUUCAGCUGAACUACGAACGCUAUUACUAUCGACGGAAGGCCCUGGUAAGCGUGUACGAUGCGGUGCUACAUAAAACAGUACUCGGUAGUCCACCAAACACCGUUGUUAUCAACUGUGAUCUGCACACACUGGUAAUGCCGCGUGACCUUGAAGUGGGCGACUUCUUAAACAACGUUAUCAAAGUGGUGGAAACAGAUCCAGCGCAAACGUACAAUAUACGCUAUCUCGACCUUUCGCACAAUAUUUUGAGGGAUUUGAAGAACCUGUCCGUACUAGUGAACCUGCAGACACUGAAGCUGGAGCGCAAUGAAAUUGUGGAGAUUAAGCCAGAAACGUUUGCUAAGAUGAACAAUCUCUCGAUACUGACUCUUGGAGUUAAUCAUAUUGUAAUGAUUGAUCUGAAGGUGCUGCCAAAAAGCUUAGCCUCGCUCUCCCUGAAACGAAACAGUCUGUCGGAGAUCAAUUUCGCGUCCGUUUCCUUCACCAACAUGCGUGAGAUGUAUCUUGAGAGCAAUCGCCUGACAGAGCUAGAUGUGGCUGCCAUGUUGCGAGCAUGUCCUGUGCUGCAACUACUGCUGAUCGAGCACAAUCCAAUGCCGAGGGAUGAAGCACAACGAAUUAUCAUGGAACUAGAUGGACACAAUGUGACCUAUUACAUCAAUAUUGGCAAGGCCAAUGAUUCGGAUAGCUCCUGCGACUCGAACGAGUAUCAGAACGAUCGAGUUUGUUUCAGCACGUCGGUCCUGGGCUCAAGAACCUUCUUGAAAGCGAUCGUGCUCAUCAUCGUUAGCAUAGUACUAUGCGGUGUGUUUGGGUUGAGCGCACGCUGGAUAUGGUACCAGAUGCGGUAUUAAUGAGGCAGCAUGUAACCCUUACAUGCAUUCGCAAUACGUGUUUUUUAACAUAUAAAAUGACAGAAGAGCCGUAUGAUUGUCGCAAUACGUGUUAUGUAGUUUGAUUCUUCGAAUAAAUAUAUUUUAAACGCUUUCGAAAUGCUUUAAUUAAACACUGAAAGCAAUAACUACCAAUGGAAAGCAGCGUCAUCGUGCUGCAUUGCAUUAUUAAUAAAAUUCUGACGACAGUUUCGAAGGUAUACAAAUGACUUUUUUGAUUAAGAAAAAGUGUUCAGUUGCUGUGAAAAAUUUCCAGAUUAGCCCCAGAUUAGAAUAGUUUCGAAUCUCGGAAACAGAGCAUACAAUAAUCCAAAUAAUCAGUCCAAGCUAUUCCUGGUUACUGAAAAGGAAUGUUCGAACGACCUAGAAUCACUCAUCGUAGUCUAGAGAAUAGCAUCUCAAUCAACACUCCUUUUCUCGACAAUCUAUAGGACUUUCGAGCAUGAUUCGAACGAACUGGCCACGAAUCAUGGCUUCAAUAUUAUGCUAUAGAAUACCCAGCUAAGGUGGAAAUAAAAAAAAA